AUGGCUCCCUGGAGGCUUCCCGUGCUCCCCGUGGCUCUGGUGUGGGGCUGGGUGCUGGUCUCCUGCUCCCCCAGCACAGUUGCUCCCCCACGAGACCUUCGGAUCACUGACCCUGGACUCCUGGGUUCUCUCGAUGUGGAGUGGAAGCCUCCACCCCAUGUACAAACCUUCAACGAAUGCACAGUAAAAUACAAGUUUGAAUAUCGCAGCACUGGGGAUAGAGACUGGAAGGUUAUUUUUACUAGGAAGCUAAAAUUCAGAGUUGGAUUUGACCUCAGCAGGACUGCUGAAGUGAGGCUGCAGACACUGCUCAAAGGACGGUGUACGGGUGACGUGGAGGUGCAGAGUGACUGGAUUUAUGCAACCUUUCAGAUUGCACCACAAGGAAAACUUGAAUCAGAGGUCCAGAAUUUCCACUGCAUAUAUCAUGACUGGGAAUACCUGAAAUGCACCUGGCAGCCAGGCCUCCUCACACCUCGUGGUGUACAUUAUGGGCUAUAUUAUUGGUAUGAGGGGCUGGACCACACGGUGCAGUGUGAUCACUACAUCCAGGACCACGGGAUAAACAUCGGCUGCGUGCUGCAAAACCUCAGCCAGGCAGAAUACCAGGAUCUGAACAUUUGUGUCAAUGGUUCAGCAGCAGCCACUCUGCUACGGCCACUGUACACCACCCUUCGCCUUCACAACCUCGCAAAGCCUUCAGCCCCGGAGCAGCUGGCGCUUUCCGUAUCUGCAGCCGGGGAGCUGCUGGUGGCCUGGAGCCCCCCGGGUGGGCGAGUGCCGCCGCACUGCCUGGAGUACGAGGUGCAGGUGGCGGAAGAUGCGGGGGAAGCCGCGGCUCCCUGGGCGUUUGUGUCGACCCAAAUGGAAACUGCUUUAACAAUUUCCAGAGCAAAUCAAAGCCACGUUUCAUGUGUUCGUGUCAGGGGGAGAACAAACAUUUUUUGUGCUGACCAUGGCUUUUGGAGUGAAUGGACACAGGAUUGUUUCUCUGGUAUGGAAUUCAAAGUAAAGGGUGUUUCUUUUAUAUCCUUCAUAAAACCUGUUUGGGUGCAAGUGCUGAUGGCUGCCCUGGGGAUCUGCUGGUGUCCAGCACUGGAGGUGGGGUGCUGA